GAAAAUUUUACAGUAAUAGAUGAAUCCACAAGAGAAAUUUUAAAGACUGUUUCACUUAAUCUUGACUUGGACAACUAUAACCACGUCAUGUGUAACACCUGUUCUAGUAAGUUGUACUCGUCCUUUGACUUUAAAUCCACUUGUCUCUACAUUGAGGACAAGAUCGUUUCUUGUGUUAAUCUCAAGGUACCAUUCGUCGAUUUAAGGGAAGUUUAUUUAAAGGAACAGGAGAACAAAUCAUUAAUUAAAAUAAAAGAUAAUCAGAAAAUUUGUCGAUUAUGUUUACAAUUAAUCAGGGAAGGUUGUAUGUCAUUCUAUGAAGUGAAAUUUGACACGAUUAGUAGAUACAUCCCAGAAGUGAAUUUUACAGUCACCGAAGAUCCUGUCAUUUGUAGGCAAUGUUUUGAUUCGCUCACUGUUUACGAUACUUUCAUAAGGACCUGUUUGAAUGUUGAGACAGAAGUUCACAACAAAGGUGACAACAAAUUGGCAGAUUUUGGGGCCUGUGACACAUUUAUCAAAAGCGAAAAUGGUGAAAUAGAAUUAGGAGAUGAAAAGAUGAAGGAGGGAAUAGUUAAUAUUAAACAAGAGCUAGAAACAGAAGAAACGCUGAUCAAAACUGAAGAGAUUGAUGUAAAAUUUGAGGGAGAGGAACGAGAAAGUGAUUCCUCUUCCUUCGACUUACAUAAUGUAACAAUCCAAAACAAAAUAGGGCACAUUUACAAAGGUGUAGGAGAAAUAAAGAAUGAAGACAUGCUUAAAUGUGAGACAGUUGAGGUUCAAAUAAGCAAGUGUGAGGCUCCUUUAGAUGUUCCAUCUUAUAAUAGUGAAUACAAAGAUGCAUUUAACUGUGAUCUGACACACGAGGUUGCUCCGGGUCUUAUACAUCGUAAGAAAAGUUCCACUUAUCGCAAGUUUACACCCCAAGAUCCUUCGGAAAUCAAAAUGUAUAAGUGUGAUAAAUGUAGUUUGAAAACUAAAUAUAAGCUUGUUCUAAGCAGGCAUCAGUUAUUGCAUAAAGACCCUUCGGAAAUCCAAAUGUACAAAUGUGAUUUAUGCGGGUUUGAAACUAAACAUAAAAGACAUUUAAAAAUGCAUGAGUUAAAGCACAAAGAUCCAUCAGAAAGCCACAUGUACAAGUGUGGUACUUGCAAUUUUGAAACUAAAUAUAAAAGUUAUAUAAAUAAGCAUCAAUUAUCACACAAAGACCUUCCUGAUAUCCAAAUGUACAAGUGUGAUACAUGUGAUUUUAAAAGUAAACAUAAGGAACAAUUGAAAAGGCAUGAGGUAUUACACAAAGACCCUUCAGAAAUCCAAAUGUACAAGUGUGAUUCAUGUGAUUUUGAAACUAAACAUAAGAGACAUCUAAAAGUACAUCAGUUAUUGCACAAAGAUCCGUCAGAAAUCCACAUGUACAAGUGUGACAUUUGUACUUUUGAAACUAAAUAUAAGAGUUAUCUAAAUAAUCAUCAAUUAUCACACAAAGACCCUUCUGAAAUCCAAAUGUACAAGUGCGAUACAUGUGAUUUUAAAACUAAACGAAAGGGGCAAUUGAAAAGGCAUGAGUUAUCACACAAAGACCCUUCAGAAAUCCAAAUGUACCAUUGUGAUGCAUGUGGUUAUGCGACAAAACAUAAGAGACAUCUGAAAUUACAUAAGAUAAGGCAUAAAGACGUUUCAGAAAUCCAAAUGUACAAAUGUGAUGUUUGCACUUAUGAAACUAAAUAUAAAAGUGGUCUAAGAAAGCAUCAGUUAAAGCACAAAGUCCCUUCUGAAAUCCAAAUGUACAAGUGCGAUACAUGUGACUUUACAACUAAACAUCAGGUUCAAAUGAAAAAACAUGAGUUAUCACACAAAGACCCUUCGGAAAUCCAAUUGUACCAGUGUGAUGAAUGUGGUUAUGAGACUAAACAUAAGAGGCAUCUAAAAUUGCAUCAAUUAAGGCACAGAGACCCGUUGGAAAUCCAAAUGUACAAAUGUCCUGCGUGCACUUAUGAAACUAAGUAUAAAAGUGGUAUAAAAAAGCACCAAUUAAAGCACAAAGAACCUUCGGAAAUCCUAAUGUUCAAAUGUGAUAUUUGUACCUAUGAAACUAAAUAUAAGAGUGUUCUAAACACGCAUCAGUUAUCACACAAAGACCCUUCGGAAAUCCAAAUGUACAAGUGUGAUACUUGUACUUAUGAAAGUAAAUUUAAACGGAACGUAAAAUCACAUCAAUUAACACACAAAGAUUCCUCAGAAAUUCAUAUGCACAAAUGUGGUACUUGUACAUUUGAAACUAAACGUAAGGGUCGUAUGAAAUCACAUCAGUUAAAGCACAAAGCUCCUACGGAAAUUCAAGUGUAACAGUGUA